AUGUCGUUCUUCAAGUCCCCCAAGCCCAUCGUCUUCAUUGGCGCUGCUGGUGAGAUGUGCCGUGUUGCCGUCGAGCGCUUUGUGACCGCUAGCGAAGCCCCUCUUGUCCUUGCCGAUAUAAACACCCCAGUCCUGGAGUCUUUGGCCGCCAAGCUCCCCUCUGGACGGGUAACGGCAAAGAAGCUGGAUCUGUUCGACAACGCCGCGCUGAAUAACACAGUCCAGGAUGCUGCCCUGGUGGUGUUGGGUGCCGGUCCCUACAUACGGACCUCCGGACCCGUGCUCAAUGCAUGUCUUAAGGCCAAGGUGCCGUACUUGGACUUUGACGACGAUGUCCAGAGUACCCAGGACGCCUUGGCACUUCAUGAACGUGCCAAGAAGGUCGGUGUGCCGUGCUACAUUGGAUGUGGUGCGUCCCCCGGCAUGUCCAACGUGAUGGUGAUGGACGUUGUGCGGGAAUUAGAUACAGUGGAGAUCAUUGACAUCUGCUGGCUGGUCGGAGACGAGCGAGGCUCGACGGGAAAGGCUGUCUUAGAACAUCUGAUGCAUAUUGCCGGCGGCUCCUGCCUUACCUGGGCCGACGGUAAGCCGACUAUUAACGAGUCAUGGGUUGAGACCACGUAUGCACCCAUGCUGGGAGAUGGAGAGAUACUCCUUCAUGAAACUGCCCAUCCAGAACCCGUCACUCUUCCCCGUCUGUUCCCCAAUGCGAAUCGGAUCCGUUGCGCUGGUUCCUUGGCUCCCGCUCCAUUCAAUGGCAUCGCCCGUGGACUUGGCCAGGCCGUCCGUCGCAAUGCCAUCCCCAUGAAGGAGGCGGUAGAUUUCCUAUUCAAGCUGACCAACGAGGAGCCAUCCGUGGGCAACAUAUUCGGCGAACUGACGGCGGCCUUCAAGGGCGGAGACAUCACGAUCAACGAACUCUUCCAGCUACUCGGACACCUGAACAACUCUUUGAGCCCGUGGCGAUACGCACUGUGCGGCAUGAUCGAGACGAUUUGGACGGGAGAGUGCACGACUGGAGAGGUCUUGAGCUUCCUGGUGGACUCGGCCCGUGGCAAGCGCGUAGAAAACAAGGGUGGCCUGCUAGUUCGCGCCGUGGGCCUUCGCAAUGGACAUCCUGCCACGGUGACGAAGCGCACAGCCAAGUCAGGCGAGAACACAUUCUUGUCCAAGUCUAUGGGAACCUCUACUGGAACCGCAACCGCCGCGUUUAUGCUGCUUGCUCUUGACGACGGUCUCAUACGCAACGGUGUCUACGCCCCUGAGGACUGGGCUGAACCCGAGAGAUUCUACAAGGCGCUGGAGCGUCUUGGGAUCCCGGCUGAUGAGCUUGUCGAGAGGGUUUGA